CAGAGAAGAGUCUCUCCAGAUCAGAACACCAGAUGGACAACGCUAGCCCUUCCGCCCUCCCAGAGUCCCUGUGUCGUACCUCUCCCAGUAGCACCUUACUGCUGGGUCUGAAGAGGUUGUCUGUGCGGCUGGUGGACUGCAGGAAAACAACGGGGCUGAGUGGAACUGUGAGAGGAGGAGAAGAGAAGAAAGGAGCAGAUUUGAUUCAUCAAAGAGAAAAUCCAAAGUCGGAGGAACCAGAGACGUCCAAACCAGCAAGACGACACCUCUGCUCCCAGUGUGGAACUAGGUUUGCCAAGUUAGGAAGCCUGAAAAGACAUGAGAAGACACACACAGUAGAGAAGCCAUACCAUUUCUCCCAGUGUGGAAAGACUUUAAACCGGUUAGACAACCUGAAAUCACAUCAGCAAAUACACACAGUGGAGAAGCCGUACCACUGCUCCCAGUGUGGAAAGAGUUUUAACAGGUUAGACACCCUGAAAAGACAUGAGAGGGCACACACGGGAGUGAAGCCACACCAUUGCGCCCAGUGUGGAAAGAGUUUUAACCGGUUAGACUACCUGAAAGCUCAUGAGCGAAUACAUACAGGGGAGAAGCUUUUCCAUUGCUCCCAGUGUGGAAAGAGUUUUAACCGGUUAAACUACCUGAAAGCUCAUAAGCGAAUACACACAGGGGAGAAGCCUUUCCAUUGCUCCCAUUGUGGAGAGAGUUUUAACUGGUUAGCAUCCCUGAAAAUACAUGAGAGGACACACACAGGAGCGAAGCCACACCAUUGCGCCCAGUGUGGAAAGAGUUUUAACCGCUUAGGAAACAUGAAAGCUCAUGAGCGAAUACACACAGGGGAGAAACCUUUCCAUUGCUCCCAUUGUGGAAAGAGUUUUAAUCAGUUAGACAACUUGAAAAGACAUGAGAGGACACACACAGGAGCGAAUCCAUACCAUUGCGCCCAGUGUGGAAAGAGUUUUAACCGCUUAGGAAACAUGAAAGCUCAUCUGAGAAUCCACACAGGAGAGAAUAAUUACUUAUCCUAUCAGCAGAUGGCGAUGUGCGUCUUUCAGCCUCAACAACAUCCUGAUGCUGAUGAGGCAGAGAAGAGUCUCUCCAGAUCAGAACACCAGAUGGACAACACUAGCCCUUCCGCCCUCCCAGAGUCCCUGUGUCGUACCUCUCUCAGUAGCACCUUACUGCUGGGUCUGAAGAGGUUGUCUGUGCGGCUGGUGGACUGCAGGAAUACAACGGGGCUGAGUGGAACUGUGAGAGGAGGAGAAGAGAAGAAAGGAGCAGAUUUGACUCAUCAAAGAGAAAAACCAAAGUCGGAGGAACCAGAGACGUCCAAACCAGCAAGACGACACCUCUGCUCCCAGAUUGGAAAGAGUUUUACCAAGUUAGGAAGACUGAAAAGACAUGAGAGGGGACACACAGGAGAGAAGCCACACCAUUGUGCCCAGUGUGGAAAGAGUUUUAAAGCAUUAGGAAAGCUGAACGCUCAUGAGCAAAUACAUACAGGAGAGAAGCCAUACCAUUGCUCCCAGUGUGGAAAGAGUUUUAACCGGUUAGGAAACAUGAAAUCUCAUGUGCGAGUACACACAGGGGAGAAGCCUUACCACUGCUCAUUGUGUGGAACUAGGUUUGCCAAGUUAGGAGCCCUGAAAUCUCAUCAGCAAAUACACACAGGGGAGAAGCCUUACCACUGCUCCCAUUGUGGAAAGCGUCUUAACAGGUUAGACACCCUGAAAAGACAUGAGAAGGCACACACAGGAGUGAAGCCACACCAUUGCGCCCAGUGUGGAAAGCGUUUUAACCACUUAGGAAACAUGAAAGCUCAUGAGCGAAUACACACAGGGGAGAAGCCUUUCCAUUGCUCCCACUGUGGAAAGAAUUUUAAACGGUUAGACACCCUGAAAAGUCAUGAGAGAAUCCACACAGGGGAGAAGCCUUACCACUGCUCCCAGUGUGGAAAGAGUUUUAGCCAUUUAGGAAACCUGACAGCUCAUGUGCGAAUCCACACGGGGGAGAAGCCUUACCACUGCUCCCAGUGUGGAAAGCAUUUUAGCCAGUUAAGAAAGCUGAAACAACACAUGAGACUGCACACAGGGGAGAAGCCUUACAAACUCUCAGUCUGAGGGAAGACAUAUUACUCAUCACAGUCACUUAAAAGUAAUGCGAGAAUCCACAUAGGAGAGAAUAAUUACUUCUAGUGUGUAAAUUGAUAUUUCACAUCACAAAGUUCAUGAGAACAUACACAGUGCUCCCAUUGUCUUAUAUUGUUGACAUGAGAAUGUAUUUACUUGUUUAUUCCAUAUGACAUUUAAUUAUACUAAGUAUACUUAAAAAUAUAUUUGUAUGAUUUUAUUAGAAAACAUGAAUUGAGUAUGGAGUGUCAGUUUGAAUAUAGAGUAGAUCAGAUUCCAUGUGUUUAAAUUGUCCUUUUUUAAACUCUGACUGUGUGUGUUUAUCUGGGUGUGUCAUUCCUCCAGCAUUACAGAUAAUCAAGUGAUAUUUGGAUGUGAUGCAUUUGCUCCAUGGCAUUGUUGGCCCACUGAUGAUUUAAUGAAAUAAAUGUUCCCUGACUCUGUAAUGGAACAUUUUCAUUGUAUGUGUCCACAUAUCUGAGUUACAUAUGGAGUAUAUCUUGCUACAUUUGCACACACUGCAUAUAUAUUUUCUGUUGUAUUUUUGACUUUAUGUUUUGUUUUACCCC